UGUCAAGUCAUUGGCGAAACCAUUUCAUUGUGAAAAAUUCUACAAAAGCGACGUAAGUGUGAAGUCUUCAGAGCUGCUAUAAUAUACCUAAUUGAAAUAAGAAAAUUGUUACUUAUUAAUAAUCAAAUUGACCAAAUUCUAGUGAAGCAAUAGUGAAUUGACCAAAAUGCAGAUAUUUGUCAAAACAUUAACUGGGAAAACCAUCACAUUGGAAGUAGAACCAUCGGAUACUAUUGAAAAUGUGAAAGCCAAAAUUCAAGACAAGGAAGGCAUUCCCCCAGACCAGCAACGACUCAUUUUUGCAGGCAAACAAUUGGAGGAUGGCCGUACACUUUCAGAUUACAACAUCCAGAAGGAAUCUACGUUGCACCUUGUUCUUCGUCUAAGAGGUGGUAUGCAGAUCUUUGUAAAGACAUUAACAGGAAAAACUAUCACCUUGGAGGUUGAACCUUCUGAUACUAUUGAAAAUGUAAAGGCUAAGAUUCAGGAUAAAGAGGGCAUUCCACCAGACCAACAACGUCUUAUCUUUGCUGGCAAGCAGCUAGAAGAUGGACGCACACUCUCUGAUUAUAACAUCCAAAAAGAAUCAACAUUACAUUUAGUAUUACGACUUCGUGGUGGUAUGCAGAUUUUUGUUAAAACUUUGACAGGCAAAACAAUCACAUUGGAAGUUGAACCAUCUGACACUAUUGAAAAUGUAAAAGCUAAAAUCCAAGAUAAAGAAGGUAUUCCCCCAGACCAACAGAGGUUAAUCUUUGCUGGUAAGCAGUUGGAAGAUGGUCGCACACUUUCCGACUAUAAUAUACAGAAGGAGUCAACACUACAUUUAGUUUUGCGUCUUCGUGGUGGUAUGCAGAUUUUUGUUAAAACUUUGACAGGCAAAACAAUCACUUUGGAAGUUGAGCCAUCUGACACUAUUGAGAAUGUGAAGGCUAAAAUUCAGGAUAAAGAGGGCAUUCCCCCUGACCAACAACGUCUGAUUUUUGCCGGCAAGCAGUUAGAAGAUGGACGUACCCUGUCCGACUACAACAUUCAAAAAGAAUCGACUCUUCAUUUGGUACUCCGUCUUCGUGGCGGUAUGCAGAUCUUCGUCAAGACUCUCACUGGCAAAACGAUCACUUUGGAGGUCGAGCCAUCUGAUACUAUUGAGAAUGUUAAGGCCAAGAUUCAGGAUAAAGAGGGCAUUCCACCAGAUCAGCAGAGGUUAAUUUUUGCUGGUAAACAAUUGGAAGAUGGCCGUACACUUUCUGAUUACAAUAUUCAGAAGGAAUCGACACUACAUCUUGUAUUACGACUUCGUGGUGGUAUGCAAAUUUUCGUAAAAACCUUAACUGGUAAAACAAUCACAUUGGAAGUUGAACCCUCUGAUACUAUUGAGAAUGUGAAAGCUAAAAUCCAAGAUAAAGAGGGAAUUCCCCCUGACCAACAACGUCUGAUUUUUGCCGGCAAGCAGUUAGAAGAUGGACGUACCCUGUCGGACUACAACAUUCAAAAAGAAUCGACUCUGCAUUUAGUAUUACGACUUCGUGGUGGUAUGCAAAUUUUCGUAAAAACCUUGACUGGUAAAACAAUCACAUUAGAAGUUGAACCCUCUGAUACUAUUGAGAAUGUGAAAGCCAAAAUCCAAGAUAAAGAGGGUAUUCCACCAGACCAACAACGUCUUAUCUUUGCUGGCAAGCAGUUAGAAGAUGGACGCACACUCUCUGAUUAUAACAUUCAAAAAGAAUCUACUUUACAUUUAGUAUUACGACUUCGUGGUGGUAUGCAAAUUUUCGUAAAAACCUUGACUGGUAAAACAAUCACUUUGGAAGUGGAGCCCUCAGACACUAUUGAGAACGUGAAGGCCAAGAUUCAGGAUAAAGAGGGUAUUCCCCCUGAUCAGCAGCGUCUGAUUUUUGCUGGCAAGCAGUUAGAGGAUGGACGUACCUUGUCCGACUAUAACAUCCAAAAGGAGUCAACUCUUCAUUUGGUACUCCGUCUUCGUGGCGGUAUGCAGAUCUUCGUAAAAACCUUGACUGGUAAAACAAUCACAUUGGAAGUUGAACCCUCUGAUACUAUUGAGAAUGUGAAAGCUAAAAUCCAAGAUAAAGAGGGUAUUCCACCAGACCAGCAGCGACUUAUCUUUGCUGGCAAGCAACUUGAAGAUGGGCGUACACUUUCUGAUUACAAUAUACAGAAGGAAUCAACACUACAUCUUGUAUUACGUCUUCGUGGUGGUAUGCAAAUUUUCGUAAAAACCUUGACUGGUAAAACAAUCACAUUAGAAGUUGAACCCUCUGAUACUAUUGAGAAUGUGAAAGCCAAAAUCCAAGAUAAAGAGGGUAUUCCACCAGACCAGCAGCGACUUAUCUUUGCUGGCAAGCAACUUGAAGAUGGCCGUACACUUUCUGAUUACAAUAUACAGAAGGAAUCAACACUACAUCUUGUAUUACGUCUUCGUGGUGGUAUGCAAAUUUUCGUAAAAACCUUAACUGGUAAAACAAUCACAUUGGAAGUUGAACCCUCUGAUACUAUUGAGAAUGUGAAGGCUAAAAUUCAGGAUAAAGAAGGAAUUCCUCCAGACCAGCAGCGACUUAUCUUUGCUGGCAAGCAACUUGAAGAUGGCCGUACACUUUCCGAUUACAACAUUCAAAAAGAAUCUACUUUGCAUCUUGUACUAAGGUUGAGAGGUGGAAUUUAAAUAUGUUAAUCAAUAUGCAUUUCAUAGACAAUUGCAAUGAUACAAGAAAAAUAAAUUGUAGAAUGAAACAGUAAAAA